AUGGGUGACUCAGCCCCAUUCAUUGCAUCGAAGCAGUCUCUCAUUCUCGAUUUGCCCCCAAGCUGCGUAGAGUUUUGCUCAUCGUAUCCGUCUUAUUUCGUGGUUGGCACCUAUAACUUGGUCAAGGAAGAGGAGGCAGGAGUUGAGUCGUCAGACAGUGCAGACGUAGCUGCCCCCAAGAAGCCCCAGAGCCGGAAUGGUAGCUUGAUUCUAUACCGGCUUGUGGGCGGCCUUGCGCAACAUGUACAAACACUCUUGCAUCCAUCUGCCAUUCUUGACCUGCACUUCUGCCCAUCGCCAGGUCGACAGGACAUUCUGGCUGUAGUUUCGAGUACGGGGACACUGUCCAUCUUUAAGUUGGCCCCGGGUGCCAAUGACUUACAGCCAUUGAAGCACGUGGCUACUAGCAGGAUCUCUGAUGUUCCGGAAGGCGUUCUUUUCCUCUCUGGGGUCUGGGACCCCGACGACGCCGCCUCUAUUGCGCUGACAACCUCAUCAGGCGAGGUGCGCAUGGCAAGGCUCAAUGACUCAUGGGAGAUUGUGGAUGCAGAGGACUCCGAAGCUGUGAUUACGCAUUCUCUUGAAGCUUGGACUGUUGCUUUCUCGCCAUCCGAUCAGCCCACUUCCCAGGAAAACGGCGCCUCACGCGAGCCUUUUAUCCUCUAUUCGGGGGGAGACGAUUCGGCGUUGCGCUACACAUCAUGCUCUCGCAAAACCCAACACACAGACCAUGAUGGUGAUGUCGAGGCUCUGUACGCACCCCUUAAUAUCCCCGGCCAUGGUGCUGGCGUGACAGCUAUUCUCCCGAUCUCAGUCGCACUUGCAGACAAUUCGCGACUACUAGUGACGGGUAGUUACGACGACACCAUACGAGUAUUCUCCGUGCAGCCGCUGCACGAGACUUAUGGCAUGCGGAAGUUUAAAUGUCUUGCAGAGAAGGACUUAGGAGGGGGCGUAUGGAGGCUCAAGUUAAUCGACAUGAAUCUCUAUAAUGAUCGAUGCCGCCUGAGAGUUUUGGCAUCAUGCAUGCAUGCCGGCGCAAGAGUUGUAGAACUUGAAGGUCCGCUUAGCAACGAAGACUGGUCUGUGACUAUCCUAGCCCGGUUCGAGGAACACAAGAGCAUGAACUACGGCAGCGACCUUGUACCUGCGCCAGGAAGCAAGCGUCUCGAAUGUGUAUCGACGAGCUUCUACGACAAGCUCUUGUGCCUGUGGGAAGUGGAAUUGGCCUAG